AUGCACAGGCGCAACAGUACCAGGUCGGGUGCUAUUGACCGUCGAAAAUCCACUUCUUCCGUAAAAAGCGUCCAGCUGGAACAUAUCCUCCCCGACACGGCCGAGCGUGAUGCACAGGCAGCCGCCGCGCAAGCAUUCGCGAGAGCAAAGGAUCGAUCGGCGGUUGACGCUCCUCUGUGGCCACCGUCUCGCAAUUACGUCUCUAGUCGGGCAACAGGUUUUAUUGGGACGCCGGACAGACGUACAGACGAUACUCCUCUUCGACGUCAACAGAGUGUUCGCUUCGUUCGACCGGCGCCGACGCAGCUAUCACGUAGCUAUACCCGAGGCGAAGACCUGACACCCACUCGCAAACCGAAUACUGUGAGGCUGCAGGUUACCACGCGUGGUGUUGAGCCAUGUCCAGCAAGCACCGCCACGACUGCUGGGAUGACAUGUGCGGCCAAAGGUGCCGCUGGUGACUAUAUCAGUGCUCUCAUUACAGGUGAAGAGUACUAUACGCCUGAGGAUGAUAUCGCUUCAGCGCCCUCGUCAUAUCGCCGGAUACGCAAGUCCAAAUCGAUGUUUUCUGGCUCACAAACGACCAUGCUACCCCCGAACCACAUGGGCUAUCGGACUUCAGCGACCAUGAACCAACUACCGUCUCCAUCUCCAGGCUAUGCAGGUCCUCGAACAGACGAAAACAAGCCUCCUGUGGGACUCAAGGCUCCGAAGUCAAUGAGUUUCUUGCGUAGUCGGCGUGAGCAACCGAUGCCCCAUCCAGAUCAUCAGGGUGAGAUGCCACAUGCGUCUUCCACGAACGAGUUUAGUGGAACUUAUAAUCCGAAAGGAAAACUACUGAAGGCACAGCCUUCGACUUUCUUCCGUUCCAAGCGUGCUAGCACCGAUAGGACCUUCCGGAAAAGUAUGAGAGAUGUCAGUAACCAUGCGAUGUCGACAACUGGGCAACCAUCCAAAGAAGGUAGUUUGAGGCACAAAGCUCGGAAAGUAUCGUUGAACCUCAAACAUAAACUGAAGAACUUAUUCAGUUCGACAAAAGGGGAGAACGAUGAGUCGAUGCUCCCUCCGCAGCAAAUCGAAGCUCGAAAGUCCCAUGUCACUGGCUCGGACAGUCUUGAGGAAGACUUCAACGACGAAUUUCGACCCACGCCUACAGCCGAAGAAGACACCAUCAGAACGACUUCUGAGGAAGAGCAACCAGGGUCCCCAGAAUUCAACCCCUGGAUGCGCUCAAUUUCAGACUUACCUAUGCGAUGCCCAAGCACGUGCGAGUCCGAGGUGGAUAAGAAAAUGCACUACGCUGAAAGCAUCUACUCUUCCACUACGGAGGACCAAACGAACGGAAUAGACAAUGGACUGUCCGCACCAAAAUACUCUCCUCCCAGACCUCCGAGUGUUCAUGGAGACGCAACGAUUUUCGUCGAUCCCCCUGUUUACAGGAGCCAGCCGGUACCAUUCAAGCGUCGCAUGACUUCGACUGCAAGCUCUGUGGAGUGGAAAUCUUGGCUGUCAGCGAACGUCUCGAAGCUUAAGGAGUCACCUGUUGUUCCAGAGACCAGUCGACUUGAUUAUACUCUUCCAGUAGCUCUCUUUUCCGGUCAUGUCCGAGAGAAGGCCCAGAUGAAUGACGAAGAAGAGGACCAGCAUCCACCAGAGGUUUAUGAGCCGUCCAGACCAGGUACUGUCCACGCAUCAACCGUGCCCGAUGCGGAGACCCUAUCACCGGUGAUUCAAGAAGCCCUAAGGGAUGAUUCGCAAGCACCUGGCUCGAAAAAGCAGAACGAAGCCUCCGAACCGCCACCUCCACCACCUAAAAGCAUCCUUCGUACUGCUCCCUCGGUCGCAAGCAUGGGCUCGGCACGCACAGUAUCCAAGCCUCUCACCGAAAACACCAACAAGGAAAAAGUCGGUGCUAUGGACCAAAAGUUUUUGGCUCAUAUGUCUUCACUCAACGCACUUUCUGGGAACCAGUCACGUGGAGGAACGCCCGGCACUGUGAAGCUCGUCAAACGCCAGCCUCGGCCGAAGGGAUCGAAUACCUCGUUAUCUAGCCCAGGACUCGCGAAUGCUGUUGAGAGGCAGUUCGGGAAGCUUGAGGGGUCUAUCAGAUCCAAGCAAAACAAUACUCAUGCACACCCGAACAGCGAGAACGUGAGUCCACACGUCGGCGGCGACGAUGAUCCGUAUGGGAUCAAUGGAGCUGUUGUCCUUGGCCCCGACGAGACCGAAGACGGGCAAGGCGUAGGAAGUAAGAGGAUGGUCGACUUUUUCCUCAGCAGCAGACGCAAACGUAUGGCGAGCAGUGAUGAGGGCGAGGUGUUCCUCUAG